AUGGCCCUCGAAGCGCCGCUGCGAUCAUCCACUGGAAGCCUGCAGUUUCAAUUCAAUCAAGGAGACAUGUCUGCGACGUCCGAAUCAGAUGGAUUCAGGUCUCCGUUCAGAAUCAUGUCGUCUCCUCCACCCGCCACAGACUCUUCUUCGCUUCGGCCUGACUCUUUGCAUCAUCGGCUAUCAUCCCAUUCGAUGAAUCUGCUAAGCCCCAGUGAUAUUGUUGGGCCCUCGCCUGUCACUUCCAACGGCACUGAAACCACCGAGAUCGAGGACGAUGUUGCCGACGAUCUCGAGCUGGACCAUCACAUGUUCAUGCUUACCACCAAUCUCCCGGAAAUCGUUCGUCAGGGCAACCCUGAGGAAGCCGUCUCCGUCAUUCACGCUCCGGAAAGCUUUGCUAGUUGGGUGAGCAUUACAUGUGACAAAGCAUCCAGCGAGCCCUCUGCCAUGUCAGUCACCUCAACGGAGAGAUCGUCCCCCAAGGCCGAUGGCGCCAGUCAACCAUCAUCCACCGGGACCUUCAACAGCCCUCCCAGCCACCCUACUCGCCCUCCCAUCUCCACCGAUGUCAAGCCUGUGCGAUACAGCUCAGACGGUGCCACACCACGAGCACAGGACUUGCAAGAAAUGCUCAUGGAUGGAAGCCGAUUGCGUUCUAGCAGCACCAGCAGUCUUGAGAAAAUUGACGAGCAGACUGAGGCUGAAGGCGAUGAUGACGAUGACGAACCCUUUCCUCACGUGCCUCAAGUAGCUGAUGAGAUUGGCGAUUUACGAACUCUUCUUCACGAAUCCUGGACCUUGUGCAAUACCCUUGCCAACCUGAGCUCAAUGCAUCGACCACGAGCUUUUAGAGAUUCGGGAACCCCUGAUGCUGUUGAAAGAGCCUGGAAAGCGUGCUGGAAGCUCUGCCACCGCCUCUACGACAACCAAGAUGAAGACCCAGCAUAUUUAAGCGUCAAGUUCAACCUAGACCUAUGCCGAGACUUUUGCCAAGCCCUGUUCGACGUACGCGAGAAGAAAGACGAGCUGGCAGACUCUGUUUUAAGAGUUAGCUUUGAGUUGAAUAACCAUCUAUACAGCGCACAAGACAACCAGACUCUUCCAGAGCAAUUCCGAGAACGAACUCUUGACUUUUAUAUCACGCUAUGUCAUCGCCUAAUGAAACAGCGCGGUGAGCUCUUUGGCAAAACAGAUCAACUUCUCGGAGCUUGCUGGGGCCUCGCCGAGAUGCUCUUUAAUUUGCGCCAAAACAGACUCGAGGGUAAACCAGCGGAUGGCGAACUGCUUCUCUCUGCGGUUCAAGCAUGUUGGGGUUUGGGCGAUAUAUUCAAAGACAGCUGGGCAAAAGUGAACACAGACAGGUAUACUCCUCGGCCGUCUACCCAGACGAGCUUCUUCUCUCUCGCCUCCGAUCAAACUGGGCGUGAGAGUCGUCAGUCAAAUCGCUCAUCGCGCCACUCGAAACAAGUGAGCAUAAAGAGCACCCAUCAGGAAGAGCGGCCACGAAAGCCUCCCCCAGUUCCCGAAACCCCAGUCACAGAAUUUGAGGACACUCCGAUCUCUCCAGAAAGCCGCUCUCCUCAGAUGCCCAAUCUCCUGGUGCUCGGCCCUUCCAGUGACGGCGGUCGAGGUGGCCGAUGGUCCAGCAGUGCAUCCAACCUGUCAAGCUAUUCCCACAGCAGCAACAGGACCUCGAGCACCGCCACCACUACCACGGCAACCGAGGAUCCCAACAUCACGCGUGCCAAGAUCCUCGUUCUUCGAGCCGCCAUGACUCUUGGGUUCGACCGUGACACCAUCACCGACCCAAAGACAGCGCCCGCCAUGCUGCAAGGGUUUGUGCAGGGUCUCCCUGCAGGUGCGUUCGGCACUGCGCCAAGAGAGACUGCUCUCCUUCAACAGUUUAAGAACUCCGUCCUGAUGGACGCAUUUAUCCCCCGGAAUCACUCGAUUCCCUCUCGCGGCAAGCGAGUUCCAGCGGUGGAUAUGGCCAAGAGUAUCCAAACAUUGGCCAAUAGCUCGCCGCGUUAUGCCUAUUUGCGCGAUCUUUUUACAUUCGUCUUCAAGUUCCCCAUUGAGGACGUUGAAGCUCGACGACACACAAGUAUCGCUGUAUAA